CACUUGGAAACUCGGUUCGCAGAGCGGUGCAUGCCGGGAGAUGAUGUAGUCCUGGAUGGCCCGCAGCGCAUGCUGGGAUUUGUGGUCACACAGAGCAUGGAAGUGUGCGGCGCUGUACAGCACCCGCUGUUUGGGGGCGCCCUCUCCGCAGCCCUGCCCCCCUCCUUCCAGGAUGUCAGUAACCUGCGGGAGAUCCCGGACAAUCAGGAGGUGUUCAUCCACAGGAGCACCGACCAAAGCAUCAUCGUGGAGCUUCUGGAAUAUCAAGAGGGGAUGUCAGACCCCGAAGCUGCCCGGUACCACUUUGAAGAUGUAGCUGCGAGUAAUGAUGCCCGGGGGAGGGCAGAUAUCGUGAGUGUGGAGCCCCUCCCACUGGCACAGCUCUCUCUCACCAGCUGCAGUAGCGCUUGGGCACUUACCGGCCACCAACUGGUAGCCAAGUUCAAUGAACAGGCUCAAAAUACAGUUACCAUAUACAUGGCUUUAUUCCGUAUACCUCAGCAUUCCACAGACCUGCUGGUGACCUUCAAUGAUCCUGUUGCCAUAGAUCCAGCCAGCAGUAGCGCCGUUAGUGAGGCAUCACAGAACCCUUCUCCUCCGUGGACACAAGAAGAUUUCAACCAUCUGCUGUGCAGUUUCCAGCUACACGACCCCGGCAUCUUCGGCUGAUUCACAGUGUUGUUCUCCAUUCACCAACUCAGAUCAAUUAAAGACAAUGGGCCCUCUUUUAGAUCCUUUCAGCCCCAGCCAUUAUAUAUUGGUCAGAAAAUGUGGGAACAGCUAUGGGCACCACGUUUGUCCCAAGUUAUGGCAUUCUUUUCAUGGCCUUCUGGAAGAACAUGGCGGCAUGGGACUGCUAUAAUUACACGGGGUCCUGGGUAUCCUGGUACUGCUAAAGACCGCAUCUUGUUUCUGUGGAGGGGGAAUGAAGAUCUAGACACCUUCUCCACCAAUCUAAAUUCCAGUGUUGUAUGAAA